CACUGGCACGGCACCACUCAGUCGGUGGUUGUUCGCGGUCCGGAGCGCUGAGCGCGGUGCCCAGGACGAGACGAGACUAGACGACGACCAGCCGGGCCGGCUCGCCGAGCCGACAUCCACGACCGCGUGGUCCACCAGGGCAAACAAGGACCAGGGCGGCGCCCUCUAGGACCCAGCUCCCGCCUGGAGUAGCCUUCCAGGAGCCACCAGGGGCACAGCCGCCGCCGCCGCCAUGUCGCUCAAGUCGCGGGGCUCGGCGGGCUCGGGGGGCAUGGACGUGGUGCCGCUGCGGGACGAGGGCAAGGACGGCAAGGGCGACGACGACGCCAAGCCCGCCGACGACGCCAUCUGCCUCAAGGCCAAGAUGUCCCUGCUGAACGGCAUCACCGUCAUCGUGGGCUCCAUCAUCGGCUCGGGCAUCUUCGUGUCGCCCACGGGGGUGCUGCGCGAGACGGGCUCCGUCAACCUGGCCCUCAUCGUGUGGACCGUGUCCGGCAUCUUCUCCAUGGUGGGCGCCUACUGCUACGCCGAGCUGGGCUGCAUGAUCUCCAAGUCGGGCGCGGACUACGCCUACAUCAUGGAGACGUUCGGGCCCUUCCUGGCCUUCAUCAGGCUGUGGAUCGAGUGCAUGAUCGUGCGCCCGUGCUCGCAGGCCAUCGUGGCGCUCACCUUCUCCGUGUACGUGCUCAAGCCCUUCUACCCCGACUGCCAGCCCCCGGACGAGUCGGUGCGCCUGCUGGCCGUCUGCUGCAUCAUGGUGCUGACCUUCAUCAACUGCUGGGACGUGGGCUGGGCCACCAAGGUGCAGGACACCUUCACCUACGCCAAGCUGGUGGCGCUCUUCAUCAUCAUCAUCACCGGGGUGUACCAGCUCACGCAGGGACACACGGAGCACUUCAACUUCGAGGGCAGCAAGCAUGAGGUGACCAACAUCGCGCUCUCGUUCUACUCGGGGCUGUUCGCGUACAACGGCUGGAACUACCUCAACUUCAUCAUCGAGGAGCUCAAGGACCCCGUCAAGAACCUGCCGCGCGCCAUCGGCAUCUCCUGCCUGCUGGUGACCGUCGUGUACGUCCUGGCCAACGCCGCCUUCUACACCACCCUGUCGCCGAGCGAGGUGCUCGGGUCGGAGGCCGUGGCCGUGACGUUCGCCAACCGGCUGUACGGCAGCAUGGCCUGGAUCAUCCCCGUGUUCGUGGCCAUGUCCACGUUCGGCGCCGUCAACGGCAUCCUCCUCACGUCGUCCAGGCUGUUCUACGCGGGGGCGUGCGAGGGCCAGAUGCCUGAAAUCCUCACCAUGAUCCAGAUCCAGCGGCUGACGCCCACGCCCGCCGUGCUGACCAUCGCGCUGCUCUCCCUGCUCUACCUCACCGUGUCGGACAUCUUUGCCCUGAUCAACUACGUCGGCUUCGCUACAUGGCUGAGCAUCGGGGUGGCCGUCCUCUGCCUGCCCUGGCUGCGCUGGAAGCAGCCCGACCUGGCGCGCCCCAUCAAGGUCAACCUCUUCUUCCCCAUCGCCUACAUCCUCUGCUCCAUCUUCGUCACGGUGGUCCCCAUGUUCGCCAGCCCCUACGAGACGCUGUACGGGACCCUGAUGAUCCUCUCCAGCGUACCCGUGUACUUCGUCUUCAUCAGCUGGAAGAACAAGCCAAAGGCGUUCCAGCGCGCCGUGGCGCGCGCGACGAGAGUUCUUCAGAAACUCAUCAUGGUCGUGCGGCCCGCAAAUAAAUAGAGGCAACGAGGUGCCUGCAGAAGCUGAUGCUGGUCGUCGGAAAACAGAACCCGUCGAAAGUGUAAGUGAGAUGAUAUCAUCGUGUUUGAUAAAACUGCGCUGAUUUCUGACAAAAGUGCAGAUUUGCGACAUGCCCCUCUUUUGAGAGCGAUCAUCGAGAGACGAUAAGUUGUUACACACAUAAUCAUAUUUACUGUAUAUAUUUGCCUCAUAAUCAGUGAGCAUUCCAUUUCAUUUUUUUUUUUGUGUGUGUGAAGAGAUUUUAGAACUCAAUUCGCUUUUCUAAUCUCGGCGUCAAAAAUCCUACGUCUUCCAUGCUAGCCAUGUCCACGGAGGGUAUCUCUCCGUCACUGCUGCAGACGUAUCGGUUGCAUGUUCUGUGAUUUUAUUUUAUCUUUCGUACAAUAAGUUUUGAGCCACCUGAAAAGUGAUUGUGUUUAUUUUCGUUGCAUUUAUUGAUGUAUGCAUUUAAUGUUUUAUAUGUGUCAUCUGUGUUAUAUUGUUGAACAUUUUUUAGUUUUGAAAACUAUACUAGCAAUUUCAUCAAUUGUUUGAUCUCGUUCUUGUCUGCUAGGCUGUUAGUGUUUAAGAGAAUCAGUCCGUCAUAUAAACAAGCCUAAAAGUAUAUUUGGGGCAUCAUAGUAAGUUUGAACAAUUCUUGGCAAAUCAUAUGUUGGCCAGAAAGACUUAAGUAAUAAUUGUAUUGAAUAUGAAUUAAUUGUUGUUCAGUUGAUGCACAUCACCCAACUUUUGUUGAGUGGGUAUUUGUUUUAGAGCGAGACUUUGCAAAACUGGCUAAGUUUUCAGAUACAAUAUUAUAAUUAUACUUAAAACACCUUUGGUUUCUCAGCCAAUUUUUUGAGGCAGUAAGUAUGCCGAAGUCUCUGUUGUAAAUGACUCUCAGCCCCUCCGCUAUUCGGAGAGGGACUGACUGCUUGUGCCAAUUGUUAUUUUGCUGUUAACAAUGUAAGUUUUUUUUGAACAAUCAUGCUAAAGUAAGGAAGUCUGACAAAAAUGCGAUCAAUCUAGCAUCAUACGAAAGCAAGAAUGUACUUCCUUUCAGGGAGACUGAAUUCAGUCAACAUACACUAAUUCCGAUGAGUGGUGGUUCUGUUUUAGCAUAAACCCUCUAAUAUAUCCUGCUACGUAUGGACUGUACAUAAAACAAUAAUAUCUAUACUAUAUAACGCUAUGUGAGAAAAUAAUGACAAUAUCUGUAACUUAAGGAACAAAAAUGUAGAAGAACAUAUAAAUUUUAAAAAAUAAUAUUUUAUUGAAUGCAUUGAUGCAAUAUACUUUGAACCUGUAUUUCAGAGAGGAAAUAUUGUAGACUUGGCAAGAAAGCCUAUGUACAUGAAGGUUGACUGUCAUUGUUUGAACUGCUUCAUUGGCCUUGGGCUUUUAUUUUUUGUCGUCUUUUCAAGUUUUUGUUUUACUGUCCUGUACAUAGUUUCAGAACAUUGAUCAACUGGCAUGAGUAUUAUUCAUUUCAUUUUUGGUUUAGCUCAUCUCCUACAUUUUUCUGAGCUCUAUUGAAUUCAGUUGUUUGUUUUGUUGAGGAUAAUAAAACAAAAGUUCUUAUUAUA